CCCAACAGGAAAGUCAAAGGGAACUCGUCUUCUUCCGGUAUUGGAGGACAACAUGGCAGCCUUGUGGAGACUUAGGUUCGGGUGCCGGUCCGCGUUCCGCUUCUCCUCGAGCGUUUCCGUCCGGGCCUGCUUCAGCACGGACAGUGAGGACGGAACCAGAGCCGGGGCCGGCUUCGCGGCAGCCUUUCAGCGGCAGGCGGAGCUCCAGCGGGAGGCAGAGACCUCCGCGCCCGAUCAGAGUGCCUCCAUCUCCGGCCAGGAGCAGACCUUCGCCUCGCUCUUCCAGGCAGUUCCGGUCAGAGACAAGGUUGUGGUUGGGAACAUCUUCCAUGUGGUCCGGGACGACCUGUACAUCGACUUCGGAGGGAAGUUUCACUGCGUCUGCCGGAGACCCGCGGCCGGAGGAGAGAGGCUGCAGCGGGGCUCCAGGGUCCGGCUGAGGGUCCUGGACCCGGAGCUCACCGCCCGGUUCCUGGGAGCCAAGACCGACACCACCCUGCUGGAGGCCCAGGCGGUCCUGCUGGGUCCGCUGGAGGGAAGGGAAGCCCAGGGGGGGCCAGAAGCGGGACCAAAAACAGUUCUGGUUCAGCGUCUGGACCGCUGAGUGAAUCAUUGCAAUAAUCUUUUAAAUCAAGUUUGUGUAAAAUGAUCAGAAUAAAUAUUUAUAAAGUAUUAAA